UCCUUCUCCUCUGCCAGGUCUCCAGGCAGGGUCUCGCCACUACAGAGUCCUCACCCUGCCAGAGGGCAGGGCCCCCUGUCUCCAGCAUGGCAAGGUGGCUGCCUCGCUCCGCUGACCUGACCCGCUUCUGCCAGAAACUCAACCGGGUGAAGACCUUGGAGGAUGACAUGAUGGAGACAUCCUUCAACAGAUGCCUUUCCACCAUCGACUUGACGCUGCUGGGCAUCGGGGGCAUGGUGGGCUCCGGGCUGUACGUCCUCACAGGCACCGUGGCCAAGGAGAUCGCUGGCCCCGCUGUCAUCGUGUCCUUCAUCAUCGCUGGCUUUGCCUCGCUCCUGGCUGCUCUCUGCUAUGCUGAGUUUGGAGCCCGGGUACCCAAGACAGGCUCUGCCUACAUGUUCACCUAUGUGUCCGUGGGUGAGAUCUGGGCCUUCCUCAUCGGCUGGAAUGUGCUGUUGGAGUACAUGAUCGGGGGAGCCGCAGUGGCCAGAGCCUGGAGCGGCUACCUGGACUCCAUCUUCAAUCACAAAAUCAAGAACUUCACAGAGACCCACGUGGGCACCUGGCAGGUGCCUUUCCUGGCCCACUACCCCGACUUCCUGGCAGCUGCCAUCCUGCUGAUAGCCACUGCCUUCAUCUCCUUUGGGGCCAAAGUGUCCUCCUGGCUCAACCAUGUCUUUUCGGCCAUCAGCAUGGGUGUCAUCCUCUUCAUUCUCGUCAUGGGCUUCAUCCUCGCGCAGCCCAAGAACUGGAGUGCCCAGGAGGGCGGCUUUGCCCCAAAGGGGCUGUCGGGCAUCAUGGCUGGCACAGCCACCUGCUUCUAUGCCUUUGUGGGCUUCGACGUCAUCGCGGCCUCCAGCGAAGAGGCCAGAAACCCACAGAGAGCUGUCCCCAGGGCCAUUGCUUUCUCCUUGGGGCUGGCCACUGGGGCCUACAUCCUGGUGUCAGUGGUGCUGACACUGAUGGUGCCCUGGCAUACGCUGGACCCCGACUCUGCCCUGGCAGAUGCAUUUUACAGGAGGGGCUACGCAUGGGCAGGGUUCCUGGUGGCUGCUGGCUCCAUCUGCGCAAUGAACACAGUCCUGUUGAGCAAUCUCUUCUCCCUGCCACGCAUCGUCUAUGCCAUGGCUGAGGAUGGGCUCUUCUUUCGGAUCUUCUCCCGAGUGCAUCCCCGCACACAGGUGCCUGUCAUCGGCAUCGUGGUCUUCGGGCUGCUCAUGGCCCUGCUGGCCCUCGUCUUCGACCUGGAGGCCCUGGUGCAGUUCCUGUCCAUCGGCACGCUGCUGGCCUACACCUUUGUGGCUGCUAGCAUCAUCGUCCUGCGCUUCCAGCAGCAGAAGGUGUCUGUCUCUGCACCAGCGGCUGGUGGCCAGCCCAGCCCUGAGCCCCAGGAGGGUCCGUCCGCUGGUGAGCUGAAGGAGUAUGAGUCCUUCUCUGACAAGCUCCAGCUGGUGGACAGGGACAAGAGCAAAGAGCACCGGGAGCCAGGACAGCUGAAGGCAGCUUUUGAGCCCUACCUGGAGUUUCUCAGCGACUUCUACCCAGGCGAGGUCAUCACGGUGGCCGUGGUGACGCUGAUGGUGUCUGCCAUCUGUCUCUGCUCCGUCUUGGUGUUUGGCAACACCCACCUCCACCUGCCCACCUGGAGCUACUCCCUGCUGCUGGUCCUCUUCAGCCUGGGAUUCCUGCUCAGCCUCCUCCUCAUCUGGGCACACGAGCAGCAGCGUGGCAUGCAGACCUUCCAGAUCCCCCUGGUACCUCUCUCCCCAGCUCUGAGCAUCGUUCUCAACAUCUACCUGAUGCUGAAGCUCAGCUACAUGACGUGGCUGCGCUUUGCCAUCUGGCUGCUCUUAGGCCUGCUUGUGUACUUCGGUUAUGGCAUCUGGCACAGCAAGGAGAACCUGCGGGAGCCCCGGCCGCAGCGCACCACUGCCCGGUACGUGGUGUUCCCCAGUG